CUAGUCUCUCUAAAAAAUCACUUAGCCGUGUCCGUUUAAGUCAUCUCCUUGUAAGUCGACUUACUCCGACCCUGAAACCCAAAAAUGGAAGGAGAAGAUGAGCUCAGGAAACCAAACGGCUGCGUUUCCGCUCAACUAGACAGAGAUGUAGAAGACGACGAUCCAUUAGUGUUGAGCUCUCAAGCACUGGCGGCGCUCCAGGAGUUUCUAGCCGACCAGAACAGAACCGCCGCGAGCACGCCGCCACCUUCUUCCCUGGACGGAGGAGAUGAUUCCAACAAAGUGGAGCUAGUCACAGAAGACUGGAGACUCAGCCAGUUCUGGUACGAACCUGAAACCGCAGAGACUGUAGCUGAAGAAGUGGUCACUCUCUCCAGAAGAUUCUCAACCUGCAGAGUCGCUUGCAUCGCUUGCCCUACUCUUUACGUGUAUCUCAAGAAGAAGGAUCCGAGUCUCCAGGUGCAGUUGCUGGAGUACGAUAUGAGGUUUGAGAGAUAUGGAAGUGAAUUCACCUUUUAUGAUUACAACGAGCCUGAAGAGUUGCCGCUGGGGCUUAAACAUUGCUUUCAUAUAAUCGUUGCUGAUCCUCCUUACUUGAGUAAGGAAUGUCUGGAAAGAGUUGCUCAAACGGUUUCGUUUCUGGCGAGUCCAGUGGAUUCUUUGUUACUUCUUCUCACAGGAGAUGUGCAGAGAGAUAGGGCGGCUGAGCUAUUGGGUGUUCGGCCUUGCGUGUUUAAGCCUCAUCACUCUAGCAAACUUGGAAACGAGUUUAGGCUGUUUGUAAGUUAUGAUCCAGGUACCAGACUAGGGGGCUUGGAAGAAGAAGUAGACAGCUAGCUGUGAGUUGGUUCUCAGGUGUAUCAACCCCAUAGGGAGUAAGGUAAGGUUCGGUGGCGGAGAACGCUCAUGUCUUCCACCAAUGGUCAUCUCAUUUCUCAACUGUUCUUGGAGUUAUCACUGUUUAAUCGUUCUCUAUUAUGUGUCUUGUUGUUGCAAAUGCUGGUUUUCAUGUCUGAUUGGUCUUAUCCAACAGUUUUGCUGUUUUGGUUAAAGCUCAGUUGUUGAGAUAUGAAAGUGUUUUUUGGUUAUUGAUAUUUAUUACAUUAUAAAAAAAAAGUUAUGAUGCUUGUAA